UUCUUCAGAUCCAAUCCCCUAACCAAAAGAGAAGGGAAAAAAAAAACAGAUCAAAUCUCAUCGAUUAAGGAUGAUGAGCAGAAGAGCUGCUGUUUCUGCAAUAAAUCUGAUUCAUGGAAGAGGAUUUCUCAAUGGAUGGUCUCAUAAAUCGGGUAUUUUCUCUCCUCCAUUCUCUCUCUUCUCUUCCGAGGCUUUUCAACCUAAGCGGUCUAGAAUCGAUUUCAGUUGUGUUAAAGAAGUAGACGAUGUUAUUCAAUUGUUUCAAAAAAUAAAGAGUAUGCGGCAAGAGCCUUCUAUUCGCCUGUAUAACAAACUCAUGAGUGUUAGUGUCACGAUUGAGCAGUACUCUUUUGCCCUUGAUGUGUUCGGUGAAAUGCUUAGGAUGGGUGUCCCGGUUAAUGAUUACACAAGGAAUAUUGCUGUUAACUGUUGUUGUCUCUUGAAAGAUAUAAACUCUGGUUUUUGUGUAAUGGGAUUCUUUUUCAAGAUCGGUUACGAACCAGAUACUGUGACAUUCUCCACUCUCAUUAACGGAUUUUUCUUAGUUGAUAAGGAGGCCGAAGCCGUGAAAUUGUUUGAAAAGGUUCUCGAUUUAAAACUUUGUGAACCUAAUGCUGUUAUGAUUCUGCAUGUGAUAGAUGGGCUGUGCAAAGCUAGACAGGUCACAGCAGCCCAUGAUUGGCUUCAUAGAUUAGAAAGUAGUGGCUGGAGUCCCAACAUUAUGGCUUAUAGUGCGUUAAUUGAUGGAUUCUGCAAGGCUGGAAAGAUGGAAGAGGUUGGGAAUGCUUUAGAAAGUAUGAGACAACAAAAUGUUUGUCCCAAUGUUGUCACGUAUAAUACGCUUAUUGACGGGCUUUGUUUGAUGGGUGAAAUUGAGAGAGCAAAACAUCUACUUGAUACCAUGGCGAAGAGGGGUGUGAAACCUAAUAUUAUUAGCUAUAGCUGCUUGAUAAAUGGAUAUUGCAAGAAGGGGAGCCUCGAUGAAGCUCGGCUUCUUUUCAUUGAAAUUUCCAGUAAAGGUCUCAAGCAUAAUGCACAUACUUAUAAUACCAUGAUACAUGGAUUAUUUAGGAAAGAUAGAUUUGUUGAGGGCCGAAAGCUUUUUCAAGAUAUGGAAGCUGAACAAGUACAUCCCGACUUGCAUACUUAUAGUAUAUUAAUGGAUGGGCUUUGUAGGAAUGGGGAGAUUGAUGAAGCUCUUUCGUUACUCCACAAGAUUAAAGUGAAAGGAUUUACUCCUAACAUAGUCACGUACGGUUCUCUAAUUGAUGGAUUAUGCAAAAAUGGAAAACGUGAUGUUGCAAGAGAUCUUUUGAGGGAACUUCCCUUUAAAGGUUUGCAGCCUAAUGUUUGGAUAUAUACAAUGAUCAUUGAUUCACUUUGUCGAGAAGAAUAUAUGGAGGAGGCAGAACGUUUGCUUGUAGAGAUGAAGAACUGUGGCUGUGGACCUGAUCGUGUGACAUACAACAUUAUCAUCCGAAGUUAUCUAAAGCAAAAUGAGCUUCACAAGGCAACAUCAUUCAUGGAAGAAAUGCGCCAACAGGGAUUAUCAGCAGAUUCUCCAACUUCUUCGGUGCCAAUUGAACUGAGUGGAGAUGAUUUCUUUCUCAAAUUGAUGAUGUACCUUACUCCCAAGGAUAUUAUGUCAGUACUUUCUUCUUGAUAUACUGAGUUUGGCCUGUGCUAAAACUUGUAUUGAAACUGCUGAUUUUAAUACAUUGGUUUGUUGUGCAAACAUGGUAAGAAUGAUGUUUGGGAGUUGAGAGGAUCCGUUUGCUGUAUUUGUAUUCGUGGUUUUCGUAUGGUUGCCAUGAUAUGUGGUUGCGAUAUGUCAUGCUGUGUUUGUUUUCAAUAGCAUACAUCGUUGUCUGAUGCGUUUGCACUGCAGGGUGAGGAUUUGUGCAGCCUAAGAGCCCAAAGAUUCUGUCUCGGAGCUGCAAACCUGAGUUUGAUUCUUUAUAUGCUUGAAAUGGCUUGUUUUAGUUGGUGAGAUCGGUGAGGCAGUUACGUUGUUCAGCCGUGAUGAACGAGCUGUGCAGGAUCCGGAAGAGUCGAGCUUUAAUGGCUCGUGCAGUUUUAGGUAGAUGGAAUGAGUGAGGUGAAAUACUUUUUAUCAGUUGAUCGCUUUAGUUUUGAUCACUUUUGUUAUAUUGGCAGAUUUGUUGUGCAAAAAUAGGAAAUUUUAUGAGACUGAGGAUGUUUUCUAACCAAUUGUGAAUUUGUGAGGAUAAAAGUUUUUAAAAGGUUGUGAUUGACGAUUGACGAGUGU